AACGUUUGUAAACUAUUCCCACGCCCAAAUAGAUACAAGGUUUCACGUCACGUGGCACCGCCGCAUUAAAUUGUGUUGUUCCUGAGUAAAACCCCUCUUGACUGAAAGCUCAUGAUCGUGACAAGCAUAGCUAGCAACACAAUCAGUAGGAAAAUUAAGCCAUUUUUUGGGGGGGGGGGUUAACCUUCGCUUUGACUUGCAGGCCUUCUUGAUCGCCGGAUAACUAGCUACCUAAGUAGAAUUAAUCAUGUCAAAUGUUUACAAACCGCAAAAAAGUCCACGAAACCCAAAGUGUGCCAGAUGCAGAAAUCAUGGAUUCAUUGUUCAACUCAAGGGACAUUCGGGACAGUGUCAAUUUCUUAAAUGCAAUUGUUGGAAAUGUUCUCUGAUUGCAGAGAGAACGAAAAUAAUGGCAUUUCAAAGACGGAUCAAGAAAACUAACAAAGAAGAAUCAGCACUUAAUUUGACUUGGUCAAGGCCCAGUGAUACACCGGUUGAUGGCACUUUGAGCGGCCGGGUGGAAAACGCACAUCUGCCCGACACAUCUGGAGUGAUGUUUCCUGGCCCCGGAACACGUACAGAGACAGUCAUCAAGAUGCCACCACAACGGGUUGAAGAGGCAUACGGUAGGACCUAUGCGGAGAUGGAGGUCCCCGACAAGUCUGCCAAAGAUGGCCAUGACCCAUGGAUCACUCAUGAACCGCAGAGAAAGUCCACCCCUGGAGGUGGUGAUCAUGGCGGUGAAGACGGUGGUUACGGGGCGCCUUGGAGUGGGAUUCAGGAUGCGUCUUCAGCGAUGAGUCGAAGCGGCCCACAUUUCCCCAGCGACUAUGUUAUAGCGGAGGUUGGCGGUCAGAGAGACAUGUACUCUGGAGAAAUGGUGGCCAUGCAGUUCCCCUUUAAGUUCUUCUCAGGCUACCCGAAUGCCUACGCAGCUUGCCCAGCCAUUCUGGUGAACAUGCCGCUGCCACCACCAGGGCCUUUCAAGGUCGGUAAUGGUCCAAUGUGUUUCCCUCACUUUCCAGCACCUGGCCCGAUGCACUACCCUCCUGAGGCAGGUCCUAUAAACGGUGGCAGAGUGCCAUUCUUUGCCCCUCACCCCCCUGGCAGUGACAUUCGUCCUGGAAGUUACCUGGAGGAGCUGGUUCUGAGGUCACAUCCGUCACCACAGUCUUCUCUACCUAAGGACAGAGAACAUGGAACAAGUGGACAUCCCCAUAGCAACCAAGGGUCAGAGAGCAGCUCACUGGAAAAUGCCUCCUCUUCCCAGAACACUGUGUGAGGGCGAAGGUCAUGUGGUUAGCAUCCUAACAUCAUAUAUCCACUUGAGAAAAAUCAUAUUUACCCUUUCUGUUGUGCAAAUAUACAGCACCAAAGACUUAGCUAAGUCACUGUUGACAUUUUUUUAACAUGUUCCACCGUGUAGUUCAUUAUGCACAGGGGUUUCAAUUCUCAUUGUACACACAAUAACAACCAUUGGAUAAAAGAACAACAACACAACAAUAAUCUGCUAUCAUUUCUGGGGGGGUGCCAUUUUUUACUUUUUACAGAAGCUAUUUUUGUUUAAUUAUUUAAUUGAUCAUUUUUAACAGUCAUAUUUAUAUCAGUUUGUGAUAGUCAAAUAUAAUCUCGUAUUUGUUUUAAAAAAAAACUAAAAGGAUUUGCCUUGUCAUUUCUUGUCUUGUCUUUAUCAGGGACAUUGUUUUCUUCCUCAUUCAGUUAAUUAGUCAGUUCAGUUGUAUUAUAUUCACAGCCAUGUUGCGGUUGUUCAUGAAAUAAAA